AUGGAGUGGAUCUGGCAGAAUGCGUCGCCGCCCGUAGCGCCUCCGCCGUGCAGGACGUGGGCGGUGCAACCACCGUGUGUUCCCCCAGUAGGGUUCGGUGCUGCAUGCGAGGAGGCGUUGAUGAGUGCCAACGUGGCGGACGGGGCCGGGGGGCGCCUGUGGUCGUCGACGGCGAUCGCAAACGCCGAGGAGGACGAGGAAGAGGACGAGGAAGAGGGGCGGGGGAGCUCAGAUCCGGUCAUGUACAUUUCUCCCGCCGUGGCGGAAGCGGCACGGAGGUCGUCGCGGGAGCUGUUCCACUCCCUGCUGCGCGGCUCCAACUCAGCGCAGGCCCUGGGAACGCCGCCGCCACAGCCCGGCCCGCCGCUCGCCAUCACGUGGCACAGACCCACGACGGCGUCGCCGCUGUCGUCCGUGGCACUGUCGGCGUUUAAGCCGCUGCCGCACACAAAACGCACACGUGAGGCGGCCGGGUUUUCGGAACCUCCGGCGGACGGCGGCACGGAGGCGCGGGCCUUCGGCGUGCGUGGGAGAGGGGCUCUUGGGCCUCUGCCUCCGGCAGCGAAGCGAUGGCGCGUCGAGGGCGACGCCCAACUCGCCGCACGGCACAACACCGAGCCGGCCACGAGCCUGCAGCGCGCCUUUCGGAGGUUGUCGGCGCGAAAGCGUCCGCGUGAAGAGGAGGAAGAGGAGGGGCUCGGUGCGCCAGACGCGGCCCACGAGCGGUGCGUUGAGGGCGCCAAAAGUGUUCAAUGA